AUGCAUCUCAAAGAAGCAUUCAUUCCGGUCACGCACUACGACAUAAUAGACCGUUUGAAUGGACAAUAUGACAGACUACUGGCAUCUGGAGACUACUACCCUUUCACCUACCCCUUCGGAACUCUAGGUGCCACGGUAGUCAUUCUCUAUCUUCUCGUAGACCAUCGAUCACGGCCAUGGCUUCGCAAAGCUCGUUUUGCAGCAUGGACCUUCAUCACUGUAUUUGCUAUCUGGAACAUCAGAAGCUUUCGGGCACGCAAUCCAGCCGCCGCAUUUGGUGUCGGUCUGAUAUCUGCCUGGUCAAUACUGUGGUGCGGUAUGAUGCUUGUGAUCAACGACGUGCAGCAAGACUUCUCGAGAAUUGAAAGGAAAGAAUCGCAAUUGGAUUUGAUCUCUGCGUCUACACCUCCACAGACUGCAGAGUCGAACGGCCACGCAACUGGGACUGCUUUCCAAAGCGGCUCAACUUUGCACAGCCGUACAAGCAAAGUAGGCAAGACACAGACGCCAUCUCAAAGAACUGGUACCCUUGCCUGGCAAGGCUAUCCAUCGGCGCCAUUCGUGGAGCGUCUCGACUGGGUCGCAGAUAUCUUCGCCAACUUCAGGGGCAUGGGAUGGAACUGGCGAAUCUUCGGGUUGCCCUCGCCACCACUAUGGGUACAAGCACAGCUUUCUGGAAACUCUGGCACGCCGCCACCAGAAGAAGACGAGAAGAAAACUCUGGUCAGCCGUACCGGUGUCCACCGCUAUCACGACAAGUCCUCUCUGCUGAAAGCCAACCUUUGGAUCGUCUGUCGCGAUAUUGUGAUUCUUGAUGUAUUGAAAACCUUGCUUUCACAUGACGCUUACUUCUGGGAUGGAAAUGUUGCGGCGACGCCGAACUACCUACCAGCAUCUCUUCAAACUUCUCCCGUCGCGGUGCGAAGCGCUCGUCUGUUGCUCAGCUUGACCGCAGUUUACACAGCACUGCAGGCUAUCUUCGCGCUGGGUCCUCUUUUCUUCGUCGGUAUGAUCGGCCCUCGGUAUAUUGGCGUACGAGGUGAGCCCUGGAUGUAUCCUGAUAGCUUUGGCUCAUUCAGCAACGUGCUCGAUAAAGGACUCGCGGGUUGGUGGGGUGGCUGGUGGCAUCAGACCUUCCGUUACGCCUUCGAAGCCCCCGCCUCAAAAUUGAUGGAGGUAUUGGACAUCAAUCCAAGGUCGGCCACUGGAAAGUUCUUGUCGCUGUCCAUCGCAUUCGCGCUGUCGGGUAUGCUGCACGCUUGCGGCAGCUACACGCAGCUAGGGCAUACGUAUCCGCUUUCCGGUCCUUUCUUGUUUUUCAUCUCACAGAUCGGAGGUAUAAGUGCACAGCUAGCACUCACGUCGCUCCUGCGUAGGCUCGGUGUGGUGCAGCGAUCACCCACGUGGUUGCAACGUACAGCCAAUUUUGUCUACGUCCAUGUGUGGUUCUACUAUACCGCGCCGCUGCUAUGCGACGACUUUGCCCGCGGUGGUAUCUGGUUGUUUGAGCCGCUGCCUGUCAGUCCGCUCCGAGCGCUGGGCUUGGGUGGGAAAGGCGAUGGAUUCUGGUGCUGGUGGGGAGGUGUUAUUUGGUGGCACAAGGGAGACCGUUGGUGGAACACGGGUCUCGCGUUGUGA